CAUGGGCAGCGUCAGCAGCCUCAUCUCCGGCCACGGCUUCCACAGCAAGCACUGCCGGGCUUCCCAGUACAAGCUCCGCAAGUCCUCACACCUGAAAAAGCUCAACAGGUACUCGGACGGGCUGCUCCGCUUCGGCUUCUCCCAGGACUCUGGCCACAAGUCCGGCUCCAAGAGCAGCAAGAAUGAGGAUUUCUUCUACAUCAAGGUCAGCCAGAAGUCGCACGGCCCCCACCGUGAGUACCCGGCGCUGGUCGGCGGGGAGCUGUGCGGCCAGCCCGGGGCCAGCAGCGGCGACUUCGCGGUGCCCACGCCGCAGAAGCUGAUGCCCUUCCCCGGUCAGCUGGAAGCGGGCACAGAGAAGCCGUCUGCACGACCAACCGCCUUCAAGCCGGUGCUGCCUCGUGCCGGCGCCAUCCUCCACUCCUCCCCGGAGAACGGGGGGCACCUCUCCCAGCAGCUGCACCCCCCAGACAAAGCCAAGGAGCAGGAGCUGCGGCCCCGGUGCUCGGGGGGCCUGUCUGACUCCGGCAGGAACUCCAUGUCCAGCCUCCCCACACACAGCACCAGCAGCAGUUACCAGCUCGAGCCCCUCGUCACGCCCAUGGGACCCAUCAGCCGCUUCGGGGGCUCAGCCCACAACAUCCUGCAGUGUGCCAUCAUCCAGGACAGCAACAUGAUGAGCCUCAAAGCCAUGUCCUUCUCUGACGGAGGCAACAAGAUCCUGAACCCUGGCAAAGCCCCCCACCACCACCACGCUGCCGAGAAGGCCGCUUGCAUCCGGUCGCCCAUCUCCACAGAUGAGUCCACCAUCCAGGAGCUGGAGCAGAAGCUGCUGGAGAGGGAGGGAGAGCUACAGGAGCUUCAGUCGAGCUUCGAGGAGAAGGAAGUCAGCUCCUGUCAGGCUUAUGAGGAGAAGCAGCGGCGCUGCAAGGAAGAGCUGGAGGGCCUCAAGCAGAAAUGCAACAGCAAGCUCAAACAAACCUCGCAGAAAACGCAGCGCACGCAGCAGGUCCUUCACCUCCAGGUGUUUCAGCUGCAGCAGGAGAAGAAGCAGCUCCGGGAAGAGCUGGAGAACCUCAUGAAAGAGCAAAAUCUGCUGGAGACCAAGCUGAGGUCCUAUGAGAAGGAGAAGACCAGCUUUGCCCCGGCACUGGAGGAGACCCAGUGGGAGGUGUGCCAGAAGUCGGGAGAGAUCUCCCUCCUGAAGCAGCAGCUGAAGGAGUCCCAGACAGAGCUCAACACCAAGACUGCCGAGAUCCUCAGCCUGAAGGCGCAGCUGAAGGAGCUGAGGGUGAAGAUGGAAGGGCUGGAGAUGAAGACUCAGGACCUGGAGGGUUCCCUGCGCACCAAAGCCAUGGAGCUGGAGGUGUGUGAGAACGAGCUCCAGCGCAAGAAGAACGAGUCAGAGCUGCUGAGGGAGAAGGUGAACCUGCUGGAGCAGGAGAUCGUGGACCUGCGCACGGAGCUCGCCGUCCUGAAGGAGCAGCUGAGCGACGCCCGGGAGGUGACGAGACCCUGUGCUGCAGGGGACGACGCUCAGGCCCUGCAGGGAGAGCUGGAGAGGCUGAGGGCAGAGCUGAAGGCUGAGCGGGACAACAACGAGCAGAUGACCUCCAGCUUCCAGCACGAGCGGCAGACGUGGAAGGAGGAGAAGGAGAAGGUGAUUCACUACCAGAAGCAGCUGCAGCAAAGCUACCUGCACAUGUACAAGAGGAACCAGAACCUGGAGAAGAUGCUGCAGCAGCUGGCUGCAGGGGAGGACGGCAAGGAGCCCAUCGAGCUGGACAUACCCGGCGCUGACGUCCCCUACGAGGACAUCAUCGCCACCGAGAUCUGAGCCAGGGCUGCCUUCUCCUUGCAGCUCGGGGACAGGGUGGGCACCUCUCCCAGGUGAGAAGCGCUGCCCCGCAGCUCAGCCUGCGCCUUGUACAGUUCACAUGAGCCAUGUAUUUAUUGUCAGGGCUGGUGGCCCGGGCAGCUCGCCAGCCCUCCUGUCCCCCCUCCCUGCGGCGGUGCCUCCGCUGCCUGUCGUGUUACACACGUGAAGAAGCAACUUGUGCCAAUGGUGACGUGCCAGCAGCUCCCCCUCACCCCACUCCACAGCCCUCCUGCCCCCUCGUAGGGCUGAAGCUGGGGACAGGCAGGGAACAGGACUUCAGAAAACAAUCUCCCGUCAGGUAACGAGAUGAUGCAAGACUCCCAGGGGACCUUCUGCUCCAGGCUUGGAGGGAUCGUGUGCUGGCACAGCUCUGGAGAUGGGGACACUACAGCCCUUCCCACCACCUUCAAGAGGCCGUGGCACGUUUCCAUCUGCUCCCUGCCCGCAGCCUGGAGGAAGCACCGCGCUGCUCUCACCCCUUGAACCUUCCUCCGGUCGCCGUGGGACCAAGGAGCCUCCUCCCUCCACCAGCACAGGCUGCAUAUCUACUUUUCCUGUCCUUUGGCUGCUGUAGUGCCUCAGGAAGGACCCUCCCCACACACAGCCCCUCACCUCGUUACAACCAACCCCUUUCACUAAGGAGCACAGCCCACCUGCACCAGCCUUGGGCACAUCCCUGCACGGCCAUGGCUGCCCAGCGCUCCCCACUCCCACAGACAAGCACUCUGUCCCUUCUCUGCAGCUGCCAGAUAGUCACCUGAUUUAAGAGUUAACAGAAAAUUCCAAGCCACAUCUUGACCUGAGGAACUGAGGGGAAAUCAGUUGUGUUUGCCCCACAUGCUCUCACAUGCUCGUGGUGACCGUCCCUCUCGGGAACCGCGGCUGCCUUAUCUCCUCCUGUGCCCUCACAUAACACAGGAUCCCAUCAACAGGACCCCAAAACAACCUCUCAGUGUGUUUUCUACCCCAGCUCUUAAAACCUGCUCCUGCCAGCAGCGAGUGGAUCAGGGCUCUGAGCACAUCACCAGCAGUGGCUCCUAUCCUCCCCAGGCUGGCACAGGAGGGAACCAGCCGGCAUCCAGCUUGCCAGGGUGGAGGUCUGCAGGCAGGACCACUUUGUGCCAGUGCAACAGUAUUUUCACUGCAAUGUUUGUUUACCCACUAACAAGCUGGGCACCAGCCUGGGAAGCCCCAUCCCAGGGCUGUGAGUGGGUUCUUUGCACGAUCCCUUGCUGCAAAUUUGGCCAAGGGCUCCAAGCUGUGCACAAGCAGCAGAAUUCAGCAUCCUUUCCCCAGCUCCAGCCUGCCUGUAAAGGCAACACACAGGAACCAGUCUGUGCCUUCUGCACCUGCCCCCAGCCUCUGCCACGUGCCAUCCCACCGGUCCCGGUGCCAUCACGGCACAAGCCAGUCCGUAGCCAUGGGCCACUGGAGAAAAGCCAACCUCAAACCCCAGUCCCAGUCCUGCGGCUGUAGGUCAGGGCCACGCUGGGCCACACAGCCUUUGCCCACACCUGCCGAAGGAUGUCCUGCAGAGAAGAGCAGAAGCUGAAGGGCAGCACCCAGCCCCCGAGGCCUGAAGGGAUCUCCUGCAUCAUCCAAGCCAUAGCCCUGCACCCCAGGCUCCUCACCCCCCGCACAGCCCACGGACACGGGGCCCAAUGCGGCGGGUGCUGAGGGGCGCAGAGCCCUCCCCACCUGCCCUGUCCCACAGCCCCCGGCGAGGCAAUGCCCGUGCCCCCUGUCGCUGUAUCCCCGUGCCGCCAGCCCCUCCCCGCCAGCGCUGCCCGGAGCCGAGCCGUGCCCAGAGCCGAGCCAAGCCGAGCCGAGCUGAGCCGUGCCCAGCUGCCUUUGCACAAUGCUGUGUGCCCCCGUCGCGUCGCGGGGGUCGCCAGGGGAGCUGCAGCCUCCCCCCCACCCCCAAUCCCACGGGCU